AUGGCUUGGCGCAAUCAAGGAAUCACCGGUUCCAACAACAUCCCGCUGGGGCGGCGACGCAUGGGCGAUGAGGAAGGAGAGGAAGAAAGUCGUACUGCGACCCCUUCGUCUGUGCCUCCGUCCAUGGGACCCGAUGGCCCCAAACGUGGCCGUAGCCCUGUCAGAGGUAUGUCACGCAAAGCGUUCGCUCUCGGAAAACCGAAACUAACUCCAUUUCUGUCCAUAGCCGAACCUGUUCUCGCCGCCGAUGGCUCAAAGAGGCGCAAGAAGCGCAACCGUUGGGGUGACCAGCAAGAGAACAAGGCUGCCGGCCUUAUGGGCUUGCCGACCAUGAUUAUGGCGAACUUCACCAGCGAGCAGCUUGAAGCAUACACACUUCACCUUCGUAUCGAGGAGAUCAGUCAAAAGCUCCGGAUCAACGAUGUAGUCCCGGGUGAUGGCGACAGAUCUCCUUCUCCCCCGCCUCAGUACGACAACUUCGGCAGACGUGUGAACACCCGUGAAUACCGUUACCGCAAGCGACUCGAAGAUGAGCGUCAUAAGCUGGUCGAGAAGGCCAUGAAGACCAUUCCUAAUUACCACCCGCCCUCUGACUACAGACGCCCGACCAAGACCCAGGAGAAGGUCUACGUUCCAGUGAAUGACUAUCCAGAGAUUAACUUCAUUGGCUUACUCAUAGGACCUCGUGGAAACACCCUGAAAAAGAUGGAGACCGAGUCCGGUGCCAAGAUUGCCAUUCGCGGCAAGGGUUCCGUCAAGGAAGGAAAAGGCCGAUCUGAUGCCGCCCACGGUAGCAACCAGGAAGAAGAUCUCCACUGUCUGAUCAUGGCGGAUACCGAGGAAAAGGUUAACAAGGCCAAGAAGCUUGUCCACAACGUCAUUGAAACAGCCGCUUCUAUUCCCGAAGGCCAGAACGAGCUCAAGCGCAACCAACUGCGAGAGCUGGCUGCUCUCAACGGUACCCUCCGUGAUGACGAGAACCAGGCCUGCCAGAACUGUGGCCAAAUCGGACAUCGCAAGUACGACUGCCCUGAGCAGCGUAACUUCACUGCCAACAUCAUCUGUCGUGUCUGUGGCAAUGCUGGCCACAUGGCUCGUGAUUGUCCUGACCGCCAGAGAGGCAGUGACUGGCGGAACGGUCCUGCUCCGGAUAGACGUGGUCCCCGUGCUAUUGGUACUGGCGAUGCGGUGGAUCGUGAGAUGGAGCAACUUAUGAACGAGUUGUCUGGUGGUGCUGCUGGUGCUGCUGGCGAAUACGAACCCCGUCGUAUUGAAGCCGGCCCCGACAGCGGCAGUGGAUACCCCGAUGACCGUGAUGCCAAGCCCUGGCAACAGCGUGGGCCACCACCACCCCAGAGUGAUGUGGCUCCCUGGCAACAGCGUCGCGAACAACCUCGUCGUGACGACUACGCACCCCGUGGCGAUCACGGCAACCGGGAUGACUAUGGAUCUCGCGGCCCCGGUGGUCCCGCCCCUUGGGCUAUGCAGAACCAGAACCAGGGCCGCGACUACGGCUAUGGCGCUCAAGGUGGAUACCCUCCUCCUGGUGCUCCUGGUGCUGCUCCUGUUGCCGCUCCGGGUGCUGCUCCCUGGCAGCAACCGGCUCCUCCUGGUGGACAACCUGCCUAUGGAGCAUAUGGCGGGUAUGCCGCUUAUCCUCCUGGCAUGGGAGCCCCUGGUGCUGCCCCUCCCGGCAUGGGUGCGCCUCCUCCCCCUCCUGGUAUGGCUCCGAUGUACAGUUACGGAUCUGCUGCCAGCCCUCCCCCUCCGCCACCUCCUGGUGAGGCACCACCUCCUCCUCCUCCGAGUGACCAGCUUCCUCCACCUCCUCCUCCCCAGUGA